AUGUCCGGGAUCACGCCUCCCACCUUGGCGACAGAGUCGCCAACAGGAGCGUCCGAAGCGGUGGUCAAUACACUAGGACUGGAUCCCGGUCUUAGUGAUGAUGACGAUGAUGCCGACUCUGCUUACAACUCGAAUAUUCAGUCGUCUACCGAGUCUUUGGCAUCCUCUAUUAUUCAAUACCGGACUCUUCACGGGCGCACUUACCAUAGUGAGCGCGGCAAUGCACAAUACUGGGCUGCAAAUGACGAACAGCAGAGCAUUUCGCUUGACCUUUUCGACUUUGCCGACGCACAUCCUGAUUGCACCGUAAUUGGCACCGACAUAUCGCCUAUCCAGUCGACGUGGGUACCGCCCAAUCUAAAAUUUGAAAUCGAAGACUACACAAGCCCAUGGUCAUAUUCAGACGGGACCUUUGACUAUGUGCAUAUGCGCUACCUUGAAGGAACUAUCAAAGACUGGACUGGAGUGGCUAAAGAGGCAUACAAGUCUCUGAAGCCUGGUGGAUGGAUUGAGAGUUCUGAAGCCUCUGCAAACUUUGUCUCUGAUGAUGAUUCUAUUCCCCCAAACUCAGCUAUGGCCCAGUGGGGCCCUAUUUUUUGGAAGGGUGGCGAGCAGAGUGGCCGGUCGUUCCGCAUAUAUGAAGACGACAUACAAGCGAAGUGUUUGAAAGCCGCUGGCUUUGUUGAUCUACACGUGAAGGAAUUUAAGGUAUCGUCCUAA